ACAGCACCAGCACACCUAGAUCUCGAUCGAACCGGUAGCCCUCCCGUUACCACCACCCUCCUCCUCUCUCCUCCCCACCAUGGCGAAGCGCGGUGGCGCCGCCGGCGAGCCCAUCCCGCUGUCGCGGUUCGGCGCGCUGGUGGCGCAGCUGGAGUCCGUGGUGGCGUCGGCCAGGCAGAAGCCCCCCGACGCGCUCCUCUGCUUCGACCUCCUCUCCGAGCUCUCCUCCGCCCUCGACGAGGCCCCCAAGGAGACCAUACAGCUUUGGCAAAGGAAAUGUGAGGAUGCUCUCCAAUCCUUGCUUUUCCUUGGGGCUCGUCGCCCUGUUCGGCGAUUGGCAUCGUCAGCAAUGGGGAGGAUAAUCGAGAGAGGUGAUGCAAUAUCGGUAUACUCAAGAGCGAGUACCCUCCAAGGGUGGUUGGUAGAUGGAAAAAGAACGGAUCCCAUGGCCUAUGCAGGUGUAGCGCAAUGUCUGGGAGAAAUUUACCGCUUAUUUGGACACAAGAUUACUGCAGGCUUAAUUGAGACAUCAAAUAUUGUAGCAAAACUCAUGAAGUACCAUGAGGACUUUGUGAGACAAGAUGCACUCCUCUUGCUUGAGAAUGCAUUGGAAGGUUCUGGUGGUGGUGGUAGUGGUGCAGCUUAUUUGGAGGCUUUCCGCAUUAUCAUGCGAGGAGGUGUGAGUGAUAAAUCAUUCAUUGUCAGAGUAGCGGCUGCUCGAUGCUUGAAGGCCUUCGCUAAUAUCGGUGGGCCUGGGUUGGGGAUGGCUGAAAUUGAUACUUCUAUGUCUUGUUGCGUUAAGGGCUUGGAGGAUAAUGUGUCAGCAGUUAGAGAUUCAUUUGCGGAAGCGCUUGGUUCCUUGCUUGCUCUUGCGGUUAACCCAGAUGCUCAGGUAAAGAAAGGAGUGAAAAAGCAAAGCACUUCUGGAAAGAAAUUUGAUGAUGGUCUACAGAAGCAUUUGAUUUUACCAUUUGUCAGAGCAAAUGGAGCCAAUGCAAAGAAAUUACGGAUUGGUCUGGCUUUAUCGUGGGUGUUCUUUUUGCAGAUGAUUCAUAUGAAAUAUGGUACCCCAGAUAGUGAACUUCAAAACUAUGCUGUACAAGUUACGGAAAUUCUCCAAGGGAAUGCUUCUCCUGAUCCACAUGCAUUGGCAUGUGUUCUAUAUGUUCUCCGAGUUGGUGUUGCAGACCAGAUGACAGAGCCGACACAACGUGAAUUUUUGGUAUUUCUGGGAAGAAAGUUGGAGUCUUCAAAUUAUACAGCCCUGAUGAGAGUGGCAACAUUACGCAUUCUGUCUUACCUGUUAAGAAGCUUGGGUGAGGUUCCAUCUGAAUUCAAGGAUAUUCUUGACAAUACAGUAGUCGCAGCAUUAUCCCACUCUUCAGCUCACGUUCGUGUUGAGGCAGCUUUAACAUUACGUGCUUUAGCAGAGGUUGAUCCUACUUGUGUUGGUGGUUUAGUUUCAUAUGGUAUUACAACCUUACAUGCCCUCACAGAGACUUUAUCAUUUGAUAAGGGUAAAAUUAUGAAUCUUGAGCUCGAUUCGCUUCAUGGACAAGCUAGUGUAUUAGCUGCUCUUGUUGCAAUCUCACCAAAGUUACUUCUUGGUUACCCUGCAAGACUGCCCAAGUCCGUUCUUGAAGUGUCCAAAAAGAUGCUUAAUGGUUUCAGCCGAAAUCCAGUGGCUGCUAGUGCGGAGCGUGAAGCCGGCUGGUUGCUUUUGGCGUCUCUUUUAGCAUCCAUGCCAAAAGAGGAGCUGGAAGACCAGGUGUUUGAUGUUCUUUUACUAUGGGCUGGUCCCUUUACUGGAAAUCCCGAGUCAUACCUUCGCCAUGUGCAGGAUUGGGCAUCAGAAUUGCGUGUCCUGUCUGUUGCGAUUGAGGCACUUACUGCCUUCAUAAGAAGUUUUGUCUCUCCAAUUAUGACAAAUGCCAACGGUGGAAUUCUGCUUAACCCUGUGCUGGCCUACCUUGGUGGAGCUUUAUCCCUUAUAUCUUCAUUGAGCUCUAAGAAAUUGCCAAAUGUGAACUCUGCACUGAACCUCUUCACUACUAGAACAUUGAUGGCAUAUCAGUCUCUUUCCAAUCCAAUGGUUUACAAAUCUGAGCACCAGCAGAUGCUUCAGCUGUGCUCAAGCCCAUUCAGUGACCCUUCUGGAUGGGAAGAAAGCUCAUGCUUGAAGUUUUUGUUGGAUAAGAGAGAUAAUUCGUUGGGUCCAUGGAUACCUGGAAGGGAUUCGUUUGAGGAUGAACUACGAGCUUUUGAUGGUGGCGUUGAUGGAUUUCUACCAUGUGUCUGGGAUGUUGAAAUGAGCAACUUUCCUCAGCCAGAAUCAGUUAGCAAAAUGCUCGUUAACCAGAUGCUUCUCUGCUACGGUUCCAUCUUUGCUUGUCAGGACAAUACUGUCAAGAUAAGACUCCUAAACAAUCUUGACCAGUGCCUAAAGUCCGGGAAGAAGCAAUCCUGGUUUAUGACUGUUGUUACAAAUUCUUGUGUUGCUCUGUUGUCAGGGCUGAAGGAGUUUCUGACUUUACGUGGUGCUCAAUCAUUGUCAACUGAUAUACUAAGUAUGGUUCAAUCAACAUUCAAGGGGAUUCUACUGGAGAGUGAAAUUUCUACAGCUCAACGACGAGCAGCAUGUGAAGGUCUUGGUUUGUUAGCAAGAAUUGGGAAUGAUGCCUUCACCGCGAGGAUGGCUCGUUCCCUUCUUGGAGAGCUAAUAACACCAAUUGAUCUGAGCUAUACAGCAUCAGUUACACUCUCGUUAGGCUGCAUACAUCGAGCUGCAGGAGGAAUGGCACUAUGUACUCUUGUUACUCCUACUGUGAGCUCACUCUCUCAUUUGAGUAAGAGUUCUAAUUCCAAUCUGCAGUUGUGGUCGCUUCAUGCUCUUCUUUUAACAAUUGAAGCUGCUGGGUUGUCUUAUGUCUCCCAAGUUCAGGGGACGCUUUUCCUUGCUAUGGAAAUUCUUUUAUUGGAAGAAAAUGGAUAUGUGGAUCUUAGGCAGGAAAUAGGUCAUCUUAUCAAUGCAAUAGUAGCAGUAAUUGGUCCUGAACUUGCUCCUGGUAGCACAUUCUUUUCACGCUGCAAGUCUGUCAUUGCAGAGAUAAGUUCCUCAAGUGAAACGGCUACGCUUAUAGAAUCAGUUAGAUUUGCUCAGCAGCUUGUUCUUUUUGCCCCUCAAGCUGUUCCUGUGCAUUCCCAUGUUCAAAGUCUUAUCCCAACUCUUUACUCAAGACAGCCAAGCUUGAGACAUUUGGCAGUGUCGACACUACGCCAUCUGAUUGAAAGAGAUCCGGCUGCUAUGAUCAAUCAGAACAUUGAAGAGAAUCUGUUCAGCAUGCUUGAUGAGGAAACUGACUCUGAAAUAGCAGCAUUGGUUCGUUCGACUAUUAUUCGCUUAUUGUACACAUCAUGUCCACUUCGUCCAUCUCGAUGGUUGGCAGUGCUGAGGAAUAUGGUUCUUGCUACCUCAAUUGCAAGAAACACAAGCGAAGGUCUGUCCAGUUCUGGACAUGAUCCCGUUGACAGUAAUGCAGAGAAUGAUAUAUACUAUGGAGCAGAUGAAGACAACAUGAUAUCUAGCUCAAAGCAGGAAAAAACAAACUGGUCUGCCAAUAAAUUUAGCCAGUUUCCACAAAGAAAUAAGCAUCUGAGAUAUCGCACCAGGGUUUUUGCAGCAGAAUGUGUUAGCCAUGUACCUGUUGCCGUUGGAACAGAACCAGCUCAUUUUGACCUCCUAUUGGCAAGAAGUGCAGUAGCUGAAGGGGUUCAUCUGUCAAAUGACUGGCUAAUUCUUAAGCUACAAGAGUUGGUUUCACUUUCAUAUCAGAUAAGUACUGGACAAUUUGAAGGCAUGCAGCCAAUAGGAGUGAAGCUUCUCUGUUUGAUUAUGGACAAGUUUGGCAUGGCUGUGGAUCCUGAAUUUCCUGGGCAUAUAUUGUUGGAGCAAUUUCAGGCUCAGCUCGUUUCUGCUGUUCGAACGGCCAUAAGUACUGCUUCUAGUCCACUUCUCCUUGAGGCUGGCCUUGAACUUGCCACAAAGGUUAUGACAAGUAGCGUAAUUGGGGGCGACAGGGUAGCUCUUAAUCGCUUGUUUUUGCUAAUAUGCCGUCCGCUAAAUGACAUAGAGGACCUAUUUUAUCCAUCUUUUGCCGAUUGGGUUGUAUGUAAGAUAAAAGUACGUCUGCUUACUGCUCAUGCUGCAGUAAAAUGCUAUACUUAUCAAUUCUUGAGGAUGAAGGAAAAUAUUCCUGAUGAACAUCAGCAAUUGGCACCUUUGCUUGCAAAUAGUUCAUCUCUCUUAGGAAAGUAUUGGAUUGGAGCCCUCAAGGAUUAUAGCUCGAUAAGUUUUGGUCUGCAUUCAAGAAUCAAUCACAAGCCGUUCCUUGAUGGGAUCCAGUCAUUCUUGGUGUCAUCAAAGGCAAAGGAGUAUCUUGAUGAAGUUUGGGCACUAAUUCUUCAAGCAACAGCUCUUGAUGCAGCUCCUUUGGAGUUCGAAAUGGAUGAUUCUGAAGAUACGCUUGGACAGACAUUUAUAUCUGGACAUAGUAUGGUCAAACUGAAUUUAACUGAAUUCAAGUUUCUUUGGGGACUAUCGGUCCUUGUGCUUUGUCAUACACAACCAUCAAUGUCGAAUAGUGCUAUAAAAAUCAAUCUUGACCGUAAUAAUGAGAAAAAGAUUGGAGGCCUUGUUGUCUGCGCUGGACUAGAUAAUCCAAGACCAUGUGAUCAAAUGUUGCUUGUGUUAUCGUCCCUCACUUCACAAGUGUUUUUUAGCAUGAAUUUUCUUACAGUGGAUACUUGUCAGGAACUCCUACAGGCUCUUACUUAUGCUGAUUGUUCAAGUGCUCCUGUUGUAUGCCUGUUCUCCCAGAUAAUCAGACUGUGCCCUGACAACUUCUUUGAGGUGGAGGAGUUUGUUUUUGUUGCAUUAGAGUUCUACUCAUGGUAUCUUGCUACUAUACUUCAAAGUAGGUGCGGAAGUUCUCAGGAAUGCUUAAGCAAUAGUUUGAUUUCUGAAUUAUCUGUUGCUACUGAGACAAUGGCAUGCCGAAUGAAAAAUGAGCAUUGGUGGAAACUGAUGAUGCUACUGGUAUCCACGUCAUACCAAUCAUUUCAACAAGUCCCCUCUAAUCUAUGCUUGUCAAAUAUCAUCUCCUUUCUCCAAAAUACUUUGCCAAUCAUGAAGAAAUAUCUUCAAGAAAGAGCUGAACCAGGUGAUGAGUGUGCCAACUGCGAAGUUGCCUUGGGAGCUUUGGUUAGUCUGGUGGCAUACUUAUGUACACAAUGCAGCAACAGGAUAUCAAUGCUGGAUAACAAGAUUUCUGAUUCCUACAAACUGUUGGCAAAGAUACUAUAUUUCUGUUUGGGAGAAGCUAUUGCUCUUGCAAAACUUGUUGAUGAGAUUGGAUAUCAUGGUGAAAAUUGUACAAGCAAUGAACUUAUGUCAGGUAGCUUCAGGCAUUGCACACAAGUUGUUCAGGCUUCACUUUGCAGUACAACCAUACAGGUACAAAUGUUGGGGGUACAUGUUCUUAAAGUCUCUGCACAAAGAGAGCUAGCUGAAGGCUCACAAACAGCAACACAUUCUUUUAUGGUGCUAUUUGUGGAAUUACUGGCAGAUGUGUUUUCUGUGAUUCAAACUGCAUUAAAGGGAUGUUCGAGCAAGGACUCUGUCAGUGUCAUUGAUGAAUGUCUAAAAUUGCUUUUCCUCUUCCAUUCGCUAGCACAGUCAAAGAAAUGCCCGCAAGAGGCUACAAUGCUUCUGCUGGAUGCCUUACUGAUGGUUUUCUAUUCUUCUAGUGCCACGGGUUCACAGGAACUCACUGAAGUAAACAACAUAUCCAAGAAGUUGUUCUCUCAUUUUAUUCAGAUUCCAUCUGCUGCCAUACAUAUCAAAGAUAUAAUGUUGUCAGCAGCACCUACAAAAAGACAACUACUUCAGGACAUGAUCCGAGCUUCAGUCACUCAGGGUCAGACAAUAGUGCCUGGGCAUAUCAGCGCAAAUUCAGAGCAGAAUGCUCAGGGUGGCUUUAGUCAAGAACCUGGGCUCAAUGCCACAGAUGCAGAUGAAGAGAAGAAUGAAAAACAAGUUAGUGAUGAUGAUUGGGAUGAUGACUGGGAUAAUUUUCAGUCUCUUCCUGCACAUGGUACCAACAAUGGUGCAGACUCUGCUACAGCUGCCUCACCUUUACCUGAACAGGGUUCUGUUGCAAGUCCUCAUGACGAACAGAUCCCUCAGGUAAAUAUUAAUCAAGAAGUUAGUGAUGUAGAUGUUUCAGAUGGUACAACAGAAGGCCUAAGUUCUUUUGAUAAAUAUCUUAAAGAACCCUCCACUUCACAUUUCUCAGAUACUGCACAACAGGUCGAGAGCAAAUCUCAAGAGUUCUCCUGUAAGGAUCAUGAGGAAUCCCCAAAACAUCCAAAAGUUCAUUGCACAGGAUCAUCAGCUCAUGUUACUAAAGAAGAGACGGAUGAUGAAUCACAGCAGAUUCACGGUGACCAAUUUGUGAGUAGGGAAAGCAAGAAUUAUGACUUGUACUUAUCGAAUGAGAUCGCUGGUUCAGCAGGUGAAGAGGAAAAUGAUACCUCUGGAGAAAUUAGAAGGGCCACGGGUGAUGCGCUGGAUGAAAAUAUUUCUUCCGUAGAUGAUUCCAACUUGAAUAAUAUUUCAGAUGGUACAGAGGAUAAAUCAAAUAAGGCUUGUGACAAGGUGUUGGUUGCCAAUGAAAAAUCUGAAACGGUUAUCACAGACUCUGGGGAAAAGGUGUCUGCUUCAUCUGAUGAAGUAAAAUCAGAUUUGUAUCCUGAAAAUGUGGAUACCAAACCAGAAUCAUCUGGUGGUGAAAUCGCGGAGUCAGGGUCAUGAUUGUGAGGAGCCUUGGUCUAGACAAAAUCUAGAUCAUUUGGGAACACAUCCAUACAGGUGACUGCAUGCCAGGAUUCUGGAAGUAAACAGCAAAAGCUCCUAGUAUGUGUUUGUCAAGUCCCAUUCUUGAUACUGAGCUCAAGUAAUAUUUGUUAGAAUAUGAGUUCUCACAAGUGCUGUCAGAAGGAACUAUUGCUCUGAAAUGUUUGUCAGAUUUCAAGGCUGGACUUUGGAGCAAACGAAGAGCUGGCAGCGGCAUGUACUUCCAAAGUCACCACUAUACGGACUGUUGUACAUUUUACCCAACUUUUUACUCAUGUUUACAUGCUGUGGAAAUGUAGAUCUAUCAGAUUAUUCUUGAUUGUCAGGACAAGCUGGACGGAUUGUAUACAUUACUGACUACCCUGUGCAUGUGUUUGACCUCAUGUCCCAUGUUGUGAACAUGGUGACAGAGUGUGGUUUGUGAUUGUAAACAUGCUGAUCAAAGCAUUCUGGCGUUCCAUAUGUUUUAAGAUUAUCAGGCCAGUUGCAUGGCGAAAUGAUGUUUGUUUGGUGCUA